GACAUGCUGUAAACUCGAGUCGCCAGUUGCGCAGUUGCUCUUGUGGAGUGCAGACCGUACUUAACUAUGGCUGCUGAACAACAAGAAAAUAUUAAAUUUGCACAGUUUAUUGAACAGUUUGUUUGUUUGUAUGACCAUAACAACAAAUCAUACAGUAACAGAGUGGUGACAGACAAAGCUUGGCAAGCUGUGGCAGAUGAGUUUAAACUCACAGUGAAGCAAUGCAAGGAAAAAUGGAAAAAUAUAAGGACUGUAUUUAGAAGACAUAUUUUCACAAAACCAGUGUCGGGAGCCGGAGGUUCUUCAAAAAAGGAAUACUACUUGGCUGAUGUGCUGCAAUAUCUUGUGCCUAUUUUAAAAGGUAACCCUAAAAAACAUUGGAAGCAACUUACCACCACCUCCUGA